CAACAAACUCUAUCCCAACGGCACCUCUCCCGGAGAAAAGAGAAAGGAAAAAACUGAAUUAAGCUUUCACAACUUCACGAUUACUACCACGACCUGUACGAGGAAGAAGAGAAAAAAAACCCCCCACCAACAAUAAUGACCGUUCUAGAGACCUCCCAAAGGCUGGCUUCCCUUACUGACACUCAUAAAGAAUGCAUGAGCCUAAUAUCCCGCCUCUCGAAGCUCGACACCCCCGGGGGCGACAGCACCAGAACUGAGCUCGCAAACGUGAUACACCAGAGCUUGCGCGACGCCGAGUCCGAGCUCGAGUUGCUGAGCGCUCAGGUCGAGGAUGAAGUUGGUGAUGGGGCGCAGGCAGCGUUGAAGGGUAAGGUUGUGAAGGCGGGGGAGGAUCUGAAGAUUGCACGAUUGCAAUACCGCAAAGCCCAACUCUCCACGAAGCGUAACGCACUUGCCGCCGAGCAACGGGAACGGGAAGCUUUGCUGAGUGGGUCGGGGAGGAGUACUACGCCUGACGGUAUUGCCGGGAAGCGUAAGGGGAACCAGAAAUUAUCCCAAAAUGACCUCCUCCUCCACGCCUCGACCGACGUCACGACCGCUCUCCGUCGCACGCACACACUCCUACAAUCCGAGCUUUCCCGCUCGCAAUUCGCCGCGGAAACGCUCAACACUUCCACUGCCGCGCUACAGGACCUGACCCACCGCUACUCUGCCUUCGACGACGUAAUAUCCUCCUCGCGUGCCCUCAUUUCCGACCUCGUUCGGAAGAACAAGAGCGAUAGGUGGUACUAUAAGAGGGCGAUAGAGAUACUCCUCGGAUUGCUGAUGUGGUUGAUCGUCAGACGACUACUGUGGGGCCCUAUAUACCUAGUCCUUGUGGUGCCGUUUCAGAUCACGUGGUGGGGAUUGUCUCUUGUUACUGGGGCCUUGGGUGUUGGCGGGAGGAGGGAUAUUAUGGAGGACGCGGGAAUGGGGAUGGGUGGGGCUACGACGGUGCAGGACGUGGGGAUUCCGGAGAGUAUGUUGGGAACAAAGUCUCCCGAAAGGAGCGCCACGUCCCUAUCUGGAGAGGGGGAGGGGGAGAAGUCAAUGAGGGAACAGGUGGAGCGCAUCAUCGACGGAGAGCCAGAGGUCGAGGUAGAGAGAGUGGAGAUGGAAAAGGCCGAGCCUGUAGGCAGGAACACAAAGUCUAGAAGUAGGGAAUAUGGUAUAGGGGAGGAGGAAGUGGAGAUGGAAAAGGCCGAGCCUGUGCGUGGGAACACAAAGUCUGGAAGCAUGGAAUAUGAUCCAGGGGAGGGGGGAGGAGCCUGGGAAGAAGGCCUCCCGGAAACGCACGAUGAGCUGUGA